CAGUUUUCCCGCUCUUGCCAAAACAUAUGAUCCCAAUAGGCUUCCUUCUCUCUCUUCAUUUCAUUGAAUGUCUCAAUCCCUGUAUAUUGUUUGUUUGUUUCAUUCACUCAUCUCUUUUAUAAUUAAACCAAGUCCGGUUUGUGCCGGUCAACAAAGUAAGUUGGAUCAUGAUAGAUCUAGCUCAACCCAAACUCAAUAAUAUGCAAUUAGAGAAUCAAUCGAACAAUACAGAGUCUUAGAAGAACGAAUCGAAUACAACUCAGCUCAAUAAAUGAAAGCAACUACGAUCAACAUAGAUCGCCACCGGAGUCUAGCACAUCGCAAGAGAUUACAACAUAGAUUCAGCAUAAGCUUAAUCUUCCCGACGCACACAAAGCUUCUGUAUUUAAAGAGAAGAACUUCAACCGCAAAACUUCUAAAUGAGAAAGAGUCUCUGCCUUCCUUUGCCAAGUCAACUCAGUCAACUAUUCUUCUCUAAAACCGAUUGGAUUGUGUUGAUACACCAAUCGUAUCAGAUCAAUAAUGCGAGAGUACUCUUUAUGUACUAUCAGAUUAAACAGUAUGCUAUGCUCUCUCCUUUCCUACUUUACUUUCAGAGCGAUUCAUCCUUUGUCAUCAUCAUCAUCAUCAUCAUCAGAGAACGAUUUCAGGAACAUUCCACAUAAAUCUCCACACUCUGUCUGAGAAGAAACAUGAGUCACCCGAGAAGUGAGGAUGAUAUAUUUUGCCGAGUUCUUUGGUGCCUCUAUCCCUUCUGGUACGAGAAAUGCGGAUGGUAUAUUUGCUGACUACUUUGGGGCCUCUAGCCCUUCUGCUCCCAGACGUGAGGCUGAUAUAUUUACUGAGUUCUAUGGGGUCUCUAGCCCUUCUGCUGCUGCUGCUGGUGGUGAUAGCAGCAAAGGAGGAGAUGGUGGUGACGGCUCAUUGCAUCACGGUGGAGCUACGAAGGCAGCUCCUAUUGAAAAAAAGUUGCCUUGUAGCCUUGAACAUCUUUACAAAGGAACCACCAAGAAGAUGAAGAUCUCCAGGGAGAUUGCUGAUGUCAUUGGCAAGACGAUGCAGGUAGAAGAGAUUUUGACUGUUGAUGUGAAACCGGGGUGGAAGAAAGGCACAAAGAUUACAUUCCCUGAGAAAGGAAAUAAGCAACCUGGUGUGAUUCCAGCGGAUUUAGUCUUCAUCAUCGAUGAGAAGCCUCAUCCGGUUUUCACUAGAGAGGGUAACGACCUCGUAGUCACACUGAAGAUCUCAGUUGUCGAGGCCUUUACCGGCUACACCAUCAACCUGACUACACUUGAUGGUCGGAGACUGACAAUCCCAGUCAACUGUGUGAUCCAUCCCGAGUACGAAGAAGUGGUUCCAAUGGAAGGAAUGCCGUUGCAGAAAGACCAGACUAAGAAAGGUAACUUGAGGGUCAAAUUUAACAUCAGUUCCCUACAAGCUUAACCUCAGAGCAGAAGAUAGGGUUGAAGAAACUUCUCGAAUGAAUUGGGUUAAAACCAGCCCAUUCCAGACAAAACAAUGUAGAAUACGAGAGGAACAAGAAGAUCGAAGCUUCUAUAUAUCUUGUUGGAGAUGGCUGAGAUUCCGAAUAAAUAAUGUCGGGACCUUUCUGAUCAUUUUGUAACAUAUGUAUGAUUGAGUGAGUACUCUUGCGACCUUUCUGAUCGAUUUGUAACAUAUGUAUGAUAAAAAAAAUACUGUUGUGGCCUUUCUGAUCUGUAUAAUAUGCCUAAAAAGUUCGCUACU